AUGCUUCGCUUUGGACAAUCAGCAGCUAUGGAAGUUUCCAAUACUGGUGGUCUCAUGAUCUCUGCAAUCCGCUGCAGUCUCAAGACACAAUUGGAUCGACGCAGUUUUAAAGGUUUGCAAUGUGCUUAUCAGACGCAAUCGCGUCAGAGUUCGGAGUCAGGUGUCCAGCGUGAUAAGAAUCGUCUGAGUCUGGCUGUCGUUGGUGCUGCAGCCCUUAGUGUUGGCCUGAAUGUCCAGACAGAAAGUGUCACGCAGUCUCGAGCGGCUAUUGAGCCGGUAAAGCACAAGUGGCAAUUAUUCGACCAGAUUGGCUCUGGAGCAUUUGGCACCGUAUGUCUUGGUAUGCACGAGGAAACAGGUGAAGUUGCGGCCAUCAAGAUUAUACGUCUAGAGAACCCUGAUGAGCGAUUAUCAUACCUAGCGCUAGAGCGUGAGAUCUCUGCAUUGAAGCUGGUAAAAGCUCUAGGAGGACAUGGCAGCAUAAUCGACUUGAGAGACGUGUACGUCAACGGUCGUGAACUGUAUUUGAUAACUGAGCUGGCUCGUGGAGGUGAGCUGUUUGACCAGAUCGUGGCUUACGGGUCAUUCCCGGAGGUUAAGGCGCAGGAAGUGAUACGUGAAAUUGCCAGUGCUCUGUCGUUUCUACACCGACACGGACUUGUACACAAGGACAUUAAGCCUGAAAACGUGCUCUUGAGUGCGCGCAUUGUUGACCACAGCAACAGUAGCAAUUAUCGCCGUGAGAAGACUAGCAACCUUGUAAAGCUGGUAGAUUUUGGCAGUGCUGGGCCUGCAGGCACGGUCACGAAUUUUGAGGACAUUGGCACGAUUGCGUAUUUGCCUCCUGAGCUGCUCACCUCAGGUAUCUGCACUAGUGCGUGCGAUAUGUGGGCGCUGGGCUGUGUGCUUUACAUCAUGCUAUGCGGUUCACAUCCGUUUGAUUUGGAUGGCAUGUCUCCGGACCACGUGGUGGAUCACCGCAUUAAAAUGGAGCCGAUCACUUUUGCCUUCAGUGCUUGGGACAACGUGUCACCCGAUGCCAAGGACAUUAUUUACAAGUUGUUGGAAAAGGACCCAGAACUGCGUUUGACGGCAGAUCAGGUGUUACAACAUCCAUGGAUAAAUGCCAAUGCCGAAGCUGUUGCUAGUGUCAAUUUGCAUCGACCAAUGCCAUUGCUAGCAGGCCAGCCGAUUUCCAUGACUCUGCCUAAAACGUGCAACUGA